AUGCUUUACUUGUCAUUUUCCCCCAAUUGGAGCAAACACUGCCGCCAUCUUCCCCGAAAGGAUCUCGCAAUGCUGGUUGUGGAUAUCUCCUCAAAUGCAAGCAUGAGCGCUGUCAUCAUAACAGCACAAUAUCAGAAGGAUGGGCCAUUCGACAUUACCUUGAGACAGCUGCAGCUCUGCAAUCACCCGAGUUUGGAUAUUUCUGUGCUGAUGGAUCCUUCAAAGUGUGUUAGAAAACAGGCCAAACGCACGAUGAGCGAGAAAUGUAAAGAUAUAAAUGGUGCUCUUCACUUUGCAGAAGUCCGUUACUUCUUCGAAGCUCGUUUGCAACUGGAUCACCCUCCUGCGGCUCUUGCCCUUGUUUCCGUCUAUGGUCCCCCCGACCAGAACCUUCUGGCAUCCUCUUCAUUUACUGUCUGGUCGUGCACAUAUUGA